UAUAUUGUCCUUAUUUGUUUUUUUUAUGGCUAUUUACAGCAUGCUAUUAAGAAAACAAUCUAGAAAUAGGCGGGUAAUUCGAUAUUGUAUGAGUGCUAGAAUUCCUAAAAUCUUGUCUCAUCUAAAUGUUCUCAUUCGUGACAAUGAUAUUGUAUGUAUUGACAAGCUUAGAAUGGAUAGAAAUGCCUUUCACAUUUUAGCCUCCUUAGUCAAGAAUAUUGGAGGGUUGACUGACAGUAAAAAUAUGUCGAGUACUGAAAAGUUAGCAAUGUUCUUAAAUAUUUUGGCUCAUUACGAAAAGAACGAGUCUGUCAAAGUUGAUUAUAUUAGAUCGGGGUGGAGUGUAAAUCGAGCCUUUAAUGAAUGUCUACGAGCUAUUCUUAAACUAACUCCAGUGUUACUUGUUAAACCUAAUUCGAUGCUCGAAGAUGAUACUGAUGAUCGAUGGAAAUGGUUUAAGGGUUGUCUUGGUGCAUUGGAUGGUACUUACAUUUCCAUUAGAGUUGAAGCAAAUAUAAGCCAAGAUACAGAACACGACAAUGAGAUAUAACAACUAAUGUCUUGGGGGUUUGUGAUAGAAAUCUCAACUUCUUUUAUGUAUUACCUGGUUGGGAG